ACAGACUAGAUGAAUGGAGCAUUACUUUUUGUGUCGUAAUAACUUAAAGUUACAGAUUUACAACUUAUUUGGAUAGAUAAACAACUUAAGUUUUUAACAUUCAUCUUGGCUAAAUUACACAUUUGGUCACUCAAAUUACAUAAAUCUUUCACAUUUACCACCUGACUUACUUUUCUUUCUUAUUUGCCACUAACUUUACGAAUCGUUUCGCUGUUAGUCUCCGUAAAACUCCGUUAACUCCGUCAAAAUUUUGAUGACGUGGCAUACCAAACUGCUGACUUGACAGUUAACUUAAUGACAUGUCAUUUAAAACAAAUGAAAAAAUAUAAAAAUAAUAAACUAACACUAUUGCUCCCGCAGAGCUGUCCACAAUUGUCUCUCCUGCUAAGCUCGAGUCUCAACUCUCGCCGCCAGAUUAGGAUCCGGCUCUCUGCUCUGCUGAACCAUCAUCUUCACCUACACGCCGCCGCCGCCGCCGAAUGCGGGCGGGGUAUUUCCUAUUUGCUGGGGACCGGUUAGAUCGCCGAGUCGCUUGAAGCUACACAGAGUGCAUACAUCCUCACCUUCUUCCCUCGAAUGACAGCUUCAGUCACGCGCCCACGCCUUGAAUCACUAUGUACUUUGAGCCUCCAAGACCAAGCUCAUCGAAACUUUGAUGAUGCCACUAAUUUCUUCAGCCUUGAGUUGAAAUAAAAUAUCACAAACAAAAUUUUAAGUGAAGCCAAUUCGAACGAAGCACAAAUCAAGCAGGACGGACAACUUUCUCAACCACAUCCAAUCCAUCAACCGCUCAACCCCACACAAGCCCUCGACAAACAAAUGAUAAGAACAACAGUAUAACCCCGAAUCCAAACGAAUCAAACUUGUGGGAAUCAUGAGGGAAGCAAAGAGAAAGAAGAAGCAAACAAUAUAAGGGAAGGUGGCGCUCUGGGUUCAAAUGUGGCGUCAAUGCCGAUGAUGCUCUGAAGCAGAGAGGUGGUUGCACUCGAUUUCACACUUGAGGUGGUCAUUGAUGUAAUUCUUCCACGACAUCUUGCGGAGCAACUUGGCGCACAUAUAGGGUUGAAUCGACGAGACCCUUAACUUAGUGUGUUGAAUCGACAGCAGAGGCUGGAGCGCACAGCUGCUACAGGAUUAGGGUUUUUGGAGGAGAGGACAGAACCUGUGGAAGAAGAAGAGUCCGAGAAACGAAAAGAGACGGUGGAUGGGGCCCUGGAAAUUAUUUUUUAAUAUUUUAAAUGACAUGUCAUUAAAUUAGUGGUCUCGUCAGCAUUCCGUUUGCCAUGUCAUAAAAAAUCUGACAGAGUUAACGGACUUUAACGGAGACUGACGGUCGGUGACUAACGAUGCAACGAUUUGUAAAGUCAGUGACAAAUAAGAAAGAAAAGUAAUUCGAGUAGCAAACGUGAAAAAUUUAAGUAAUUUGACUGACCAAACAUGUAAUUUAGCCCAUUCAUCUUAUAUUCACCAUUUUCAGCUAAAGGUAAGUCGCUAGAUUUAGUUUUUAUGGAAUCCGAUGCAUUAGUGUUGAUAAUGAUCUCACCCGCUAGAUUUUGUUUAUUGUUAGGUAUUUGCAGUGGCGGAUACAUGCAUGGUUAAAAUUUGGAAACACGAUUAUUCGACCUACGAUAGUAAUUUGCGUAUGAGAAAAAAAAAUGUUUAAGUGGUAGUGUGGGACACCUUUAAAAUUUGGGAAAAUGAUUAUCCAAUCUCCCGUAGUAGUUUGCGUAUUGGUAUAAAUAAUAUUUAAGUAGUAGUUUAUGUUGUUAUUGUGUUUUAGAUCCAAAUAUAAUAGUAAAAUGUUAUUCUUAUCUCUAAUUAUUUUCAAAACCUAACGAUUAAACUCAAUUACGAGAUAUCCUUGUCAAGUAAGAUAUGUCGAUAGAUAUUUGUUGAGCAGGAUAAACACCGAAUGCAUUUUAUCAUUUGAUGAAACACGUCUGAACUUUUAAUGAAACUUUUAUUAGUUAGAGAUAAGAAUAAUUAUUUAAUAAUUAUUUAAUUAUUAUAUUUAAUUUAAUUUUUUUUAUAGAGAACACUCCUAUAUAGAAUUCCUGGAUCCGCCACUCGUAUGUGUUAGGGAUGGGAAUAUACUUGCGCAAAUGUGUCAAAAAGGACCGUAUAAAACCUAAAAGUCGUACUGCUCAUCUAUGCAAGGGUGCGUCGUUUGGCAAUUGGCGCCGACCCUCCCUUCCUAAGCUUGCUGCCGCGUCUUCCUCCCAGAAACCCUAAUCCAACAACUCAUAUACCUUCGAACCCCGCCAUUAGUGCUUCAACGAGGCAGAGACAACAUCUCCCUCUCCCUCUCGUUCCCCAUACUCUCGCUCGCUCGCUCGUCUCUUCCCGAAUAACGGUAUAGCUGAGGUGCGUGGGAGACUCAUCUCAACAUAUUCGUUGGAUUUUUGUUCUUGGUUUGUCGAGCUUCUUUUUUUUACGAGUAUAUCGGGAUCGCUGAUGUUGAUCUUCAAAUUGGGUAUUGUUCGCUGAUUUCAGUUACUCCAUCUAGAAGCAAGCACCUCGUUCCGGGACGGCGGCGGCGGCCGAAGUGUGGUGUAUUGUUCGUGGCUGGUCUGUCCCGUGACUGGUUGGCGGUGAGCUUUGGCCGGUGCUUUCUGGGUUUUCUUCAGAUUUCAGAGCUAUUGAAGUGUUGGCUUUGUAGCUCUGGUUCGAGGGCAUCCAUAUCUUGGCUUUACACCGGGCUUCCUCUUUUCUCGCCAAGAGUAAGCUAGCAUUCUCCCAUUAAUUUUCUGCUUCUGCUAUUGAUUGGUGAAUGCUAAGUUGUUUUACUUAUUUGUUUACUCCAACUGAUAUGGACGAGGGAUUUCCGCUGUUGUGACCUGAUAUUAGCUUGGGUUGACAUAUUUACUUCUAUCAGAUUCGAUGAACAUGUUCUAGGUAAUCUAUUGGUGCAGCUGGCUGAUUCGUCUGCCGCUGUUGUGCAUUGUGUUUGGAUCCAUUUCCUUUACGGGGUGUAUGAACUCACUCCUGUUGCUACAUAGGAUCAGGUGGACGAGACAUCAUCUGUGUUAUUUUAGUGGGGAUUUGAUUAAGCAGUUACCUUUGUAGUUCAAUCGUCUCACUAUAGCUAUACCUUCUUCUGGGAUGAUGUUUCACCAACGAUUAUUAGUGUACGAAUUUGGUUGAAGCAAAGUUAAACACAUGUAGUUUCGGUGUGAUUGAUCGUAUUACCAGCCGUGCAGUGCUGUUAGUUAUCUUAGUUUUCUCUUAGAUUUGUUUGAUAUUUAAAGUUGAAGUCUGGAUAUUUGUGCGUCACUCUAGCUCGAGGGCUAUCUCCGUGAUCUUGGAUAAGCAUCGGAUGUUUUGCCCUGCUGAUUACUUUUGAUUUAGUAUAAUGAAACGGUGUAGCAUGGCGUGUAGUGCAUUGAUUCCUUUUUGUUAUUUUAGAGGGCCAGACGUUAUCUUUGCCAUGCACAUGUCAGCUGCUUCUGGAUCCAAGGAUGGGAUCAUGGGAUGGGAUGGGAUGGCAUCCUAAGCAGUUAUGUGUUGCUUGCUAACUAUGUUGUUGAAGAACAUGUUGUAAAAAUUUCCUGGGAUUUUGGUGUUUUCUUCUCCCUCCCCCCCGGUAGACGUGCACUGGGAGCAAAUAAUUUUGAGUCACUAGCAUGCCUAUUUGAGAUGUUUGCUUGUUAUCUGGUACCAUAAUCCUAGUUGUAUACCUAUAGUACUUGUUAAAGCUGCAUUAUAUUCCUGUUCCACUUUUUUUACUCCUUGCAACUUGUCUUGUGCAGUUUGGACAAAGAGUUCAUCAUAUCGAGAGGGUUGGCUUGAAUUCUGAUUAUUACCACUUCACUGGUUAUAGUGAAUUCAAAGAAUCAGCAUGACUCUCCAGAACUCUUUCCGGCUUAUAACCUAUUCGCAAGAACUUGUAUGCGGGAAGCCUGUGUUUGCUUCUUCAAAUGGCCUUCCAGUCAAAGCUAAAAAAUAUGAACCCGCAGGACAUUCUUUCCAUGCUGUUGCUCUUAAACUCCUUGGACAUGAGGAGGAGGCUGUGGAUAGUAAAGAUGAUACUGUUUCCAAAGACAAGGAGCAGACCCACAUGCCAACAUCUGAAUCUUACAGUAGUAGCAAAGGGAAAAAGAAAGGAACUGGAGACGCCCAACAGGAUCAUUAUGCACUGUUAGGGUUGAGUCAUCUAAGGUACCUUGCUACAGAAGAGCAAAUUCGAAAAAGUUACCGCGAAGUUGCUCUGAAGUAUCAUCCUGACAAACAAGCCUCUCUUCUUCUCGCUGAGGAGACUGAGGCUGCCAAACAAGCUAAAAAGGAUGAAAUAGAAACUCAUUUCAAAGCCAUCCAAGAGGCUUAUGAGGCUCUGAUGGACCCUGUGAAGAGGAGAAUUUAUGACUCCACUGAUGAGUUUGAUGAUGAAAUCCCUACCGAUUGUGCACCCCAGGACUUCUUUAAAGUGUUUGGCCCAGCAUUUGUGAGGAAUGGUCGUUGGUCUGUUACCCAGCCGGUGCCACCAUUGGGCAAUGAUAAUAGUCCUAUAAAAGAAGUGGACAGCUUUUAUGAUUUCUGGUAUGGCUUCAAAAGCUGGAGGGAAUUCCCUCAUGCUGAUGAGUUUGAUGUUGAGCAAGCUGAAUCUCGUGACCAUAAGAGGUGGAUGGAGAGGCAAAAUGCAAAGCUCUCAGAAAAGGCUAGAAAAGAAGAAUAUGUUCGUGUCCGUGCCCUUGUCGACAAUGCAUACAGAAAAGACCCGAGAAUAGCGAGGAGGAAGGAAGAGGAGAAAGCUGAGAAGCAGAGAAAAAAGGAGGCAAAGUAUUUAGCCAAAAAAUUGCAGGAGGAAGAAGCUGCAAGAGCUGCUGAAGAAGAGAAACGGAGAAAAGAAGAGGAAGGGAAGCGUGCUGCUGAAGCUGCUUCACUACAGAAGAAGGCCAAGGAGAAGGAGAAGAAGCUUUUAAGAAAAGAACGUACCCGCCUUCGUACCCUUUCAGCAUCUAUUGUGUCGGAGCGGUUGCUCGGUCUCCGUGAAGAUGAUGUUGAAAAUCUUUGCAUGUCAUUCGAUAUUGAGCAACUAAGGAGUUUAUGUGAAAAUAUGGAAGGUAAAGAGACAGUAGAGCAAAAAGCCAAACUUUUGAGAAAUGCUUGUGGCGGAGGUGAUGAAGAUGUUGAGGAGAGUCACAAGAAGGAAGAUGAGAAGAAGGUACCACAGCAGAACGGCUCUACUACAUCCAAUGGGAGUUUCCAUACUAGCAACAGUUCUUCUAGCAGCAGAAAAGAAAAGCCUUGGGGUAGAGAAGAGAUCGAGCUUCUGAGGAAAGGGAUGCAAAAAUAUCCUAAGGGCACAUCUCGUCGUUGGGAGGUUAUCUCAGAGUAUAUUGGGACAGGAAGAUCUGUGGAAGAAAUUAUCAAGGCGACAAAAACUGUCCUCCUACAAAAGCCCGACUCUGCCAAAGCUUUUGAUUCCUUUCUGGAGAAGAGGAAACCUGGCCCAUCCAUUGCGUCUCCUCUCACAACUAGGGAAGAAGUCGGCGGUGUUGUAAUAAAUCCUCAGGGAUCUGAAGUCAAUACUGCUGCUACUGUGGAUUCUAAACCUGAAGACCCUCCGAGUGGGGAAACCCCAAAACCCGAUGAUGGAAGUAGUGAUGGAAACACAGCAGCGUCAUCUUCUUCAGAUCAGGAUGUAUGGUCUGCUGUACAGGAGAGGGCACUUGUCCAAGCGUUGAAAACUUUCCCCAAGGAGAUCAAUCAGCGUUGGGAAAGAGUUGCAGCAGCAGUACCUGGGAAGACGGUGAACCAGUGCAAGAAGAAAUUUGCUCUUUUGAAGGAGGGCUUUCGAAGCAAGAAAAGUGUGGUCUAAGUUUCCAGCCAUUGAGUUAUGGAUAGUUGGAUACGUCCAUGGAGUAGAGCCAUUAUAUAUGUGAGUUAGAGCAAUUUUUCGACCUAUUGUUAACUUUUGAUGUCAGGCAACACAACACCCUACAUUAUUAUUCAGCAUUUUCCGGACACCGUAUGGAAAGAUUUUGGUCACAGCAAAGGAAUACAUAUCACAUUGUUCCUUCGCUGUCGUGAUCUUUGCAUUACAGGUUCUUAGCCUCUACAGGUGAGUAGUCCAAUAGUUCUCUGAAUCGUCGAUUAAGAUUUUGUGUGGAUUAUUACCAUAGUAUGUACUAGAUUAUGAUAAACCGUAAGUGUCGAACUUGUUUCACCUGCAUCAAGAAUAGACAUACGGUUUAUGUCCUAGCCCCUAGCCUUGUAGUGGUACCGAUAGUUUGGUACUUGGUAGGGAGCAUUUUUGUUUCAAACUUAGUGUCCCAUUUUUUCUGGCAUUGUUCAAGAGUUAUUUUCGUUUAUUUUUUGGGUAUACAGGGCAGUAUGUCCUGGAUGAAAUACAGUAACCUUUUGAAA